UAGCAGGCGAAUGGGGGUGGCGGCGACGGUCGGUAGCAACGGCCGUUGCCUCCGCCGUUGGUUGACGCGAGCCGCCAUGGAGGCCGGCGUAGGUUCUCCUGCCGGCGAGGCUCUUCGGUGGCUGGGGACGUUUCGCUUCGACAACCGCGCCUUGCGGGCUCUGCCGCUUGACCCCUGCGAGGAAAAUGUGCCUCGGGCCGUGGCGAGUGCCUGCUUCUCCCGCGUGCGGCCUACCCCCGUGCAGAACCCGCAGCUCGUCGCCUUGUCGUUGCCGGCGCUGGCACUGCUGGGGCUGAGAGAGCCGAGGACGCCGCGGGAGGAGGCCGAGCUGGAGGCCGAGGCCGCGCUCUACUUCAGCGGCAACCGGACCCUGCCGGGCUCGGAGCCUGCAGCCCACUGCUACUGCGGCCACCAGUUCGGCUCCUUCGCCGGGCAGCUGGGCGACGGCGCCGCCAUGUACCUGGGUGAGGUGCUGAACCCGCGCGGCGAGCGCUGGGAGAUCCAGCUCAAAGGCGCCGGACUCACCCCCUUCUCCCGGCAAGCUGAUGGUCGUAAAGUUCUGCGAUCAAGCAUUAGAGAAUUCCUUUGCAGCGAAGGAAUGUUUCAUCUAGGAAUACCCACAACCCGAGCAGGAACAUGUGUAACAUCCGAUUCAGAGGUUAUUCGGGAUAUAUUUUAUGAUGGAAAUCCAAAAAAAGAGAAGUGCACUGUUGUCCUAAGAAUCGCACCAACAUUUAUCAGGUUUGGAUCGUUUGAAAUUUUUAAGCCUCCUGAUGAAUACACUGGACGUAAAGGCCCGAGUGUUAACAGAAAUGAAAUUCGAAUACAAAUGCUUGAUUAUGUGAUCAGCACGUUUUAUCCAGAGAUUCUGCAAGCACACCCUGACAAUAAUAUUCAAAGGAAUGCAGCUUUUUUCAGAGAGGUAACAUUGCGGACAGCAAGGAUGGUUGCAGAAUGGCAGUGUGUUGGAUUUUGUCAUGGCGUGCUCAAUACUGAUAAUAUGAGCAUAGUUGGUCUUACAAUUGACUAUGGACCUUUUGGAUUUAUGGACAGAUAUGAUCCUGAACACAUUUGCAAUGGGUCUGAUAACACUGGACGUUAUGCCUAUAAUAAGCAACCAGAAAUCUGCAAAUGGAAUCUUGGAAAACUUGCUGAAGCUUUAGUUCCAGAACUGCCCUUGGAUAUCAGUAUGCCCAUUCUAGAAGAAGAAUAUAACGCAGAAUUUGAGGCACAUUAUAUGCAACUAAUGAGAAGGAAGCUAGGAUUCAUUCAGCUCCAGCUAGAAGAUGAUAAUAAACUCGUAUCUGAUCUUUUAGAAACUAUGCACGUCACAGGGGCAGAUUUUACAAACACUUUCCGCUUGCUGAGCUCCUUCUCAGUAAACUCUGAUCCUUCAUCACUGGAAAACUUCUUAGAUAAGAUUUCAAAGCAAUGUGCUUCUAUAGAAGAACUGAAAGUUGCUUACAAGCCUCAAAUGGAUCCCAGACAACUUUCAAUGAUGCUGAUGCUAGCACAGUCUAACCCACAGCUCUUUGCCUUAAUUGGAACAAAAUCCAACAUAAAUAAAGAAUUGGAACGCAUUGAGCAGUUCUCUAAGCUGCAGCAGUUAUCAGCAGCUGAAUUGCUCAGCAGAAAUAAAGGACAUUGGAAAGACUGGCUGCUGAAUUACAGAGUUCGGCUAGAAAAAGAAUUAGAACACACUAGUGAUGCUGGUGCUUGGAGUGCUGAACGUGUGAAGGUUAUGAAUUUAAACAAUCCAAAAUACAUCUUGAGAAAUUACAUUGCUCAAAAUGCUAUAGAGGCCGCAGAAAAUGGUGAUUUCUCAGAGGUACAGAAAGUCUUGAAGCUCUUAGAAAAGCCAUAUGAAGACACAGAAUGUUACGGUGAGGAACCUGCAGAGGAAGAAGAGGUGGCUGUUGCUGCUGCCUGCAGUUCCAUGACCAGUAGCAGGCUUCCAUACAGUAGUAAACCACCCCUCUGGGCUUCUGAGCUCUGUGUCACAUGAUCUUCAUAAAUGCCUUGUUAGUGUUUUCCACAAAGAGGUCUUGAUCUUCCCAUGUGGAGAAUGCAACAAGGCAUAAUAGAAGUGCUAUUAAGUCACAGACAGAUUGUUUGGAUGCCUUCACAGUCUCACCUUAACCAUGUUCAUGUUAUGAAAUGUGACAAUCACCUGUUCCAUGCACACUGUUAAGGCUUUGGAGACAGACCAUCGUUGUGUCUUCUCUCUGUAGUGCUGUUGUAUUUUCACACACGUGGAUCUUUGAACAUCCAAGUGAAAUCUGUGUUUGUGAAGACAAAAAUAGCAAACCAAAUGCUGGAUGUAUUUUUGUCUGAAGGUGAACUAAUGGUACUUACAAACUGUGUUGAUAAUGCUUUUAUUAUGCAAGAAUAUUUGAUUCUCUCUUGAUGGAGAGGGGGUUUAAGCUCAUUGUUGCUUAUUUUGAAGCUAUGUUUCAUUUAACUGAGUAGUUCAUUUAUUGUGAACCUUCACAUUUAUAUUUUGUUUUUAGAAACAUUGUCAUGGGGCUCUGAGGAAAAGGCAGCAAUAAUGUGCAUUGUGAAAAGGAAUACAGGUGACUUAAGAAAAACAGAUUUUUCACUAUAUCUCCAAUAUGUAUAGCCGCUUGGUCCUGCUAAGAUGCCAUCCAUGCAGAAGCAAGUGGGUAUGCAUCUCUGUUAGGAUAGGGAAAUACAUGUGCAAACUGGUGGUGUGUUUGUGAUUCAGGAUUGCACCCCAGCUUCUGCAAGUAGAGUUCAUUUAACCAGAUGAUGGAGCAGUGUGGGCCCUAGAAGAUGGUCAGUACUGAUUGUGCCAGUUCUUUCUAGAAAACUGCUAACCCUUUCUUCCUGACCCAACAGGCGAUCCAUAUAGAUACUAUAUUAUACUGUGUGGUUAUGAAUGUCACUUUAAGCCAAACUGCCCCAACAGGAUAAUUUUGCCAAAAAUGCAUAUUAUUUGCUUUCCAUGCAGCCUGCUUUCAUACUUUUAUCUUUAUAUACUCUAUUUAUUUCCUGUGUAUCAACUUUACUACCUCUGUAAAGUCUUCCAUUCUCAAACUGAUUGCUAAUGUAGGCAGUUGCUUGAUCCUGUUUUAAUAGCAUUUGAAUGUUAAAAACAUUUUUGGAAUGGAUUGUAUCUCAAAGAGAAACUUAAGUACUAACACCCAGGCUGAGUGGUCGAUGGCUUUGGCUAUAAUCCUAAGUAGUUUCCUAUUAAAAAUCAAUAGGACUUCAAAUUGUAACUUUGAAGUUGUAACUAAAUUCAGCAGUGAAGUAUAUGGAUAGGUUAUUCCAGCCAUAUUUUCAUUAAUCUGGACACCUUGAUGUGGUGGAUAAACCUCCUCCAAGGUUAUCAUUUCUGUGUUAAUAAAAGUGAAUACUCAAGAUUUGGGAAAACUCGGCAUAUUGAAUAAGCAUGAGGAUGGUGACAUAGUAUAUAAGAGAAAUCUUUACAGAGAACACAACCUCGGAUUUAUUCAUUUCUCACUAUAAUUAGCAAGUCUUAAUUGUGGCUUUUGAAGAUCUUGUGUACAAAUGUUUUGAAAAAUAUGCUCAGGGCAAGUGACAGGAGUGGGAUUCCUGUUCCUCAUAAUCCAAUUUAAGAUAACUGUUGUCCAGAUUUUCCAAUAUAAAUGUUGUGUGCAAUUUUUAACUAUGACACUUUAGUACUGAUGACAUUGAUUUUCUCAUUCUGCAUAUAAGAGCAAUAUCUGGCACCUGUUCUGCUGAAAAUAAAUGAACUUAACCAUGUUCAGAG